GUUUUAUUAACCUCUAAAACAAAGAAAAACAAUUUUAGUUUAAAAACGGUAGUGUUAUCAAUGUAAUAUGUUUCGAAAUACAAUAAAAUUAAAUUUAAUACAUAGUCUGAGAAGUUUUUCAGUGGUAGCUGAAGACACUGUUGUUAAUGCAACUGUUUCAUCUGCUGAUACACCUGCCAUUAAAAAUAAUGAACUAACAAAAAUUCAGAAUGCCAAACCAAGAGUAGUGGAUUUAAAAGAAGUUUCAAAAGUUUUACGACCAGGAGCAUUAUCGUCUAUGUAUAUAAAUAAAUCAGAAAUCUUACAACAGUUAGUAAAGUUAAAAGUAAAGUUGUAUGAAAUAGAGAAAGAUCCUGAAGCUGCUAAGUUUAUAUUAAGUAAAAGAUUUGAGGACAUAAAAGAUAAGAUUAUAUUCCUUAAAGAAUUAGGAUUAGAAAUUGAAGAUAUUGGUAACACGAUAACAAAGAAUCCUUUUAUUCUAAAGGAAAGCAUAGAAGACCUUCAAGUCAGGAUAAAUUAUUUACAGUAUAAAAAAUUUACAAGUGAAAUGAUAUUAAGGAUUGUUAGUAACAAUCCUCAUUGGUUAAGUCACAGUACUCAAGAUAUUGACAAUAAACUAGGAUUUUUUCAAAGUAACUUUUUAUUAACUGGAAAUGAAGUUCGACUAUUAGCUACUAAAAGUCCAAAACUUAUUACAUAUCCCCUGGAAAAGGUUAAAUUAUCACAUUUUGUUUUAAAGGAAGAAAUGGGUUUUAAAGCUAUGGAAAUUAAGAAAAUGAUUCUGGAUAGGCCACAAUUAUUGAAGAAUGGUCAAAAUAAACUUCUUAGUACAUUUGAAUACUUACACAACACUAUGAAAAUACCUUUGGAAAUGAUAAAAAUAUUUCCAGAAGUUCUUAAUUGUAGGGUAAAGAGACUGAAGGAGAGACAUCUAUUUUUAGCUAGAUUAAAGAAGGAUCUGUAUAAUCCCAAAGAGCCAAACUAUGUAGCAUUAACAACCUUAGUUUCUGGCACUGAUAGUUAUUUCUGUACUGAAGUAGCACAAUCUUCAGUACAAGUUUAUAAUGAGUUUUUAAAAAGUUUGUAAAUGAAAGUACCAAAUGUAUUUAUUUAUAAUAAAAACCAUUAUUAUUUUAUCACA